CCAUCCUCCAUUUAUUCUCUGAGCUCUCUCUGCCACCUUCUUUGUAUUUUUGUUUUUCCGUUCACUUUUGUCUCUCACACUUAGUCUAGAUCCUCUCUGCCUUUCAGUAUAAGCAGCUGGGUUUAGGAAAGAUGUCGAAAGAUGGAAUCUUUGAUCUCGCAUCUGGGCUGGGUGGUAAGAUUGACAAGGCGGAGGUUCUGUCUUCUGUUGACAAGUAUGAGAAGUACCAUGGUUACUAUGGAGGCAAAGAGGAGGAGAGAAAGAAAAACUACACUGACAUGGUCAAUAAAUAUUAUGAUCUUGCCACUAGUUUCUAUGAAUAUGGCUGGGGAGAAUGUUUCCACUUUGCACCAAGAUGGAAAGGAGAAUCCCUGCAAGAGAGUAUUAAGCGCCACGAGCACUUCAUUGCAUUACAGUUAAACUUGAAACCUGGACAGACGGUCUUGGACAUAGGAUGUGGGAUUGGUGGACCAUUAAGAGAAAUUGCACGUUUCAGUCGUACAAAGGUCACAGGCCUCAACAACAACGAAUAUCAGAUAAGUAGAGGAAAGGUGUUGAACCGUGCAGCAGGAUUAGAGCAAACUUGUGGCUUUGUGAAGGCGGACUUCAUGAAAAUGCCAUUCCCUGACAAUAGCUUUGAUGCUGUAUAUGCGUUGCAAGCUACUUGCCAUGCACCCGAUAUAGUUGGAUGCUACAAGGAGAUAUAUAGAGUACUCAAACCUGGUCAGUGUUUUGUUGCUGAUGAAUGGUGCAUCACUGAUUCCUACAAUCCCCACAGCUCAGAGCACCAGAAAAUCAAGAUUGAACUCGAGCUUGGUAAUAGCCUCCCUGAAAUAAGGCUGACCUCGCAAUGCCUUGAAGCUGCCAAGAAAGUGGGAUUUGAAGUUGUUUGGGAGAAGGAUCUUGCAGAGGAUUCACCUAUCCCUUGGUAUUCGUCGAUGGAUACAAGUUUCUCACUCAGUAGCUUCCGUCUAACAGCUGCUGGGCGUUUUAUGCUCCGAAAUUUGGUCAAGGCACUCGAAUGCGUGGGAAUUGCUCCCGAAGGAAGCCAAAGGGUUUAUGAGUUCUUAGCGAAAUCAGGAGAAGCACUUGUUGCCGGUGGAAAGAAAGGCAUCUUCACGCCAAUGUACUUCUUCGUUGUACGCAAGCCCAUCUCAGCGAGCGAGUAAUGUGGAAGCAAGGCCUGCAUAGUUGCGGGAAAUCUACAAGAACCCAUAUCUGGAUUCCUAGCUGGCUUAAGGUGCUUGUCUGCUUUGAUUGUGUGUGGUUCAACUCCAGUUUUUAGCAAGUGAUAUUUGCUUCCUGCUUUAUCUCUGUUGCAGCCCUGGGAAUAUUAUGUAGUUUAAUUUGCUCAUCAGUGUACUACCUAGAAUUAGUUCUUCCGCCGUUGAUUGUGGCUAAGGUUGUGAAUAUUGUGUUGUCUGAAGAUAGAUUUUUAAUGUGGUGCAGCCCAGAAAUCAGCAUUGUUAGCUGUCAUGUUUUUUUUUUUUCCCUAAGAAUGUUUCCAGAUUGGCAAAAACUUGUGGUGGUGAUCUGUGAGACGGUCUCACACAAGUGUUGCUUUUCCGAAUUAGAUUGUGAAAUAAUAUGAACCACAUAAAUUGUCUUAAAA